AAUGUUCCUAAUAUUCCCGUUUUUACUCUUUGUUAGUUUAAUAAAUAUAAACGCCUUCGCCACAGACACCAUCAAUAAAGUGGCCACCAACUGCACCGAUUAUCAUGCCGCCGUUAACGAUACUGUGUUUGGUUCAGCAGUCUAUGAGAUAUGGUUAAAGAGUUUGAUGAACAGAGUUGGGGGUAAAGGGGGUUGGUCAUUCAAACAUAAUGAUAACGACUUAGUUACGUUUCAUUCAGAUGAACUGUACUGGGAGAUCAAAGUUCCAGGGUCGCCUACUGAACAACCGUGGAAUUUGGAAGGUGUAUUGGGGACUUUCCUUGAUAACCAUAACAACAUUUGCUAUAUUUAUUGUGUCAGAAUUGACCACAGUGGCAACUGGAUAGCAUAUGUAAAAAUGCAUUAUCCAAAUCAGGACAAUGGCCUCAAGGAAUUAGGCUGUACUAGCGUCAUUCACUUUACUCCGGCUUGUGGGAGAAGAGUAAGGAAGAAUGGAAUAUAAGUAUAAUAGUCCGUAGUUUCAGAAAUGCAAGAUUUUUUAACAUCGUGGAUACGAUUGCAUUCGCUGAGCAGGUAUCAAAGGUCUUGUCCUACCAAGUAAAAAGUAGGUUGAAGAGGGGAAAGCUCCUCCAAAGAGAGACUCUUUCAUUGCGUAUCAAAGAGGCUGUAAAUUCUGUACCACUUGAAUAUAUACAAAAUAGUAUUAAACACUCCCAAAACUGCUUCUCUACUUGCUUAGAAAAGAAACCUCUUUAGUCCACAUUAUGCGACAAAAACGACUUCUUCUUGCGAUAUUGAUUUAGUACAACAGCGAUAUUCAUCAACUCGCCCGAUAUUAAUCUGUUACGGUGUGCGCUUUUUGCUUUGUUUGCAGUGCGCCAAUUUUAAUUUUCUACCACGAAUUUCGUUCCGAGGCUGGAAGGAAAUUCAUUUAUUUUAUUCGAGUCAUUGAGACUAACUCUAUAGGUCUUUUUUAGUAUACAAUACACGCUAUUUUUAUAUAUAAAAUCACGUAAUUAUGGGGCCUUACAUCCGUCAUUCAUAAACUUACACCGCGAUAUUCAGGAUCUAUGCAUAAGUAAUUACCUUACUCUACUGGCGAUAUUGAAAACUGGCAGGAGCGAAAUUGAAAACUACCUAGUCACGACAUUCGGAUAUUGGAGGUGUGCAAGCUGCACCACAGCAACACUCAAAUCGACCACGUUGACCAAGCAAUGUGGCACACCAAAUUUAAUAGCCCCUGUACCCGGGCGCGGCACUCACGGGAUUCCCCAGAUCGCAGCACCAUGGAGUACCAGCACCUGUUGCCCUGCGCCGGUGUUCCGCAAAAGCAAGGCUACGUCAACCUUAUUGCUCCUAUGAUCCUUGCGACUGCAUUUUGAGCUGAAAUAUAACCAAUUCUACCAGAUAAGCCUUUAUGCAGUGCCCCCUCCUUGACAUCACCCAUCAAUAUUGGCUUUUGUACACUCUAACACAAGGUUUUCCUUAAGUAUGUGUCGCACGCCAGACAUUAUUUCUUUACAAAUCUUCCUUUCGGUGUUUCUUCUGUG